AUGGAAAAAAAGUAAAUAAGACCUUUUGAAACAGGGCUAGGUAUUAGGAAUAUAGGAUUUUUGUUAUCUUUAUCUUCACUAAGUAGCAGAUUAGAGAGUAAAUGGAUUCUAAAUUAAAUUUUAGAAUACUCCAUUUAGAGCGAAAUAGUAUUAGUACUGUUUGUGAUAAUGAUAAUUAAAAAGGAAGGUAUAAGACUGCCAACAAUAUAUGCUAUUUUAUUGGAAUUUGUAUUGCAAUUUUAUAGAUACGAUUAAUAAUAUAGUUGGAAAAUUAUUGCUAAUACAAACAUCGACCACAUUUUUAUGGUUUUUCUCACUGGAUUAGUUAUUGUCCAUUUCAUUUUAAUGUACAUCAGUCCAGUCUAUUUUCAAAUACCCGUAACAGGAUCUCUUAAAGUUGGAUACACUGUUAAGAAUAUCGAUGACAUUCAAUUCGCUAUAUUUUAUCCUACUAAUGACGAAUAUUAACCUAAAAAAAAUUUACCCUAUUUUUCUAAUGUGGAUAAAUACUUAGACACUUUAGCUUAUUUUACAUACAGAUAUCCCAGAGAAUUCAAAGUUGAUCAUGUUCCAGCACCUCUCCUUAAAAUAAGUUUAGGGCCUUUGCUUAGAACCCAAAUGAUGGACGUUAUAGCUAAUGCUAAUUUGGCAGUAUUGAAAAAUAAAUAUCCAGUGAUGAUGUAUUCUCAUGGAUUCAACUCUCAUAUGAAUCUUCAAGCUACAUUUUGCAAAGAUUUAGCUUCUAAAGGUGUUAUUGUAAUUGCUCCUAUGCAUCGUGAUGAAGAUUUUAUUGCAAAAAUUAAAGAAUAUCCCGUACCUCUAAAUAGAUUUAAAGAAGUAAUGAACGAAUCAGUUAUUAAGAGAAAAAAUGAUAUUCAAAAAAUUAUUACAUUUGUUCUUGACCCUUCUAAGAAGUUUUUGAGCUAUUUCCCAAACGGAAACGAAUUGAGAGAUUCAUUUUAACCAAGAGAAUAGAUUAUUAUGUGUGGUCAUUCAUAUGGUGGAUUAACUUCUUUGGCUACUUCUCUUGAUGAUCCAAGAAUCUAUACUACCAUAGUUUUAGAUCCUGCUAUGAGUUUAUUUGAUGAAGAUGAAAAAUAUAUUAAGCUAUUGAAAACACCUCAAAAGAAGCCUUUCCUUAUAUUAUGUAGUGAGAAUUUCCAUAAAAGAUUCCCAUUAUUUAGUCAAAGAGAACACAUUCAAACUUUCCUAAAGUCAUAAAAAAAUUACAAAAACGCAAUACUAGCUGCAGAGCUAAAAGAAUUUGGUCAUGGCAACUUUGUAGAUAUGGCUUUCUUCAUCCCCUUUGAACUUUAAUAACUUCGUGAAGAUAUACUUAAAGUUAAAGAAGUUAGUAACUUCUAUCUAAUGCUUAAUAAAUUAGUAGAAUAUUUCAUCUACGAGAGCUAAAGUACAUUCAUAAACUUUGAAUAAAUUCAUAUGUAAAAUGUAGUAAGCUAAUUUGAAGAACUUACUAAAAAUAUCUUAGAAUAUAAGAAAAAGAAUUUCCUCUAUUAAUUUGAGAUUUGA